ACAGUCGGCCCCCGGCCGUCCCCCGGCCUCCUGGCCCUGCGUCAGCACCGGGUGAGAGACCCAAAGCCCGGUGCAAAAGGCCACCACAGCAACUGGGCUCGUGCACCACAUGCUGGGCCAGCAGCUUCAAUCGCCUCCGCCACCCGCGCCCACCGCCCACCGCCCACCAAGUUGCCGAAGCAAGCUGAGUAGAAUUCGAGGUUGGAAAGAAUCUGCCGGCAGUUGCCAGGACAAAUGACGCAACUGAACUGAGAGUUUCCAUUGGCUCUCAAGGAAGGGACAGGAAGGGGGCGGAGUGUAGGAGCCUUUUUGCCGUCCCUCCCCGGUUGCGCGUGCGCACCGUGCAGUUCCCUGGGAGCGCGGAGAGACGCGCAGAAGCUGCUCUCUGCCUGCGCGAGAAGAAAGGCAGAAUCUUCACGCUGAUUGGCGGCGACGCGGAAGGCUGUCGCGGCGGACCGGACGCAGGGGGCGGGCGGGAACGUGAAGCUCCGCGGUGCCUGAUGGGGCCGUUGGGCGGCCGGUAGCUGUUGCUGUUGGGGGACCCCCUCAUUCCUGCCGCCGCCGUCCCUGCUGCCUCAUGGCGGCCAUCGGAGUUCACCUGGGCUGCACCUCAGCCUGUGUGGCCGUCUAUAAGGAUGGCCGGGCUGGUGUGGUUGCAAAUGAUGCCGGUGACCGAGUUACUCCAGCUGUUGUUGCUUACUCAGAAAAUGAAGAGAUUGUUGGAUUGGCAGCAAAACAAAGUAGAAUAAGAAAUAUUUCAAAUACAGUAAUGAAAGUAAAGCAGAUCCUGGGCAGAAGCUCCAAUGAUCCACAAGCUCAGAAAUACAUCAUGGAAAGUAAAUGUUUAGUCAUUGAAAAAAAUGGGAAAUUACGAUAUGAAAUAGAUACUGGAGAAGAAACAAAAUUUGUUAACCCAGAAGAUGUUGCCAGACUGAUAUUUAGUAAAAUGAAAGAAACGGCACAUUCUGUAUUGGGCUCAGAUGCAAAUGAUGUAGUUAUUACUGUCCCAUUUGAUUUUGGAGAAAAGCAAAAGAAUGCUCUUGGAGAAGCAGCUAGAGCUGCUGGAUUUAAUGUUUUGCGAUUAAUUCACGAACCGUCUGCAGCUCUUCUUGCUUAUGGAAUUGGACAAGACUCCCCUACUGGAAAAAGCAAUAUUUUGGUGUUUAAGCUUGGAGGAACAUCCUUAUCUCUCAGCGUCGUGGAAGUUAACAGUGGAAUAUAUCGGGUUCUUUCAACAAACACUGAUGAUAACAUCGGUGGUGCACAUUUCACAGAAACCUUAGCACAGUAUCUCGCUUCUGAGUUCCAGAGAUCCUUCAAACAUGAUGUGAGAGGAAAUGCGCGAGCCAUGAUGAAAUUGAUGAACAGUGCUGAAGUAGCGAAACAUUCUUUGUCCACCUUGGGAAGUGCCAACUGUUUUCUUGACUCGUUAUAUGAAGGUCAAGAUUUUGAUUGCAAUGUGUCCAGAGCAAGAUUUGAACUUCUUUGUUCUCCACUUUUUAAUAAGUGUAUAGAAGCAGUCAGAGGACUCUUAGAUCAAAGUGGAUUUACAGCAGAUGAUAUCAACAAGGUUGUCCUUUGUGGAGGGUCUUCUCGAAUCCCAAAGCUACAGCAACUGAUUAAAGAUCUUUUCCCAGCUGUUGAGCUUCUCAAUUCUAUCCCUCCUGAUGAAGUGAUCCCUAUUGGUGCAUCUAUAGAAGCAGGAAUUCUUAUUGGGAAAGAAAACCUGUUGGUGGAAGACUCUCUUAUGAUAGAGUGUUCAGCCAGAGAUAUUUUAGUUAAGGGUGUGGAUGAAUCAGGAGCCAGUAGAUUCACAGUGCUGUUUCCAUCAGGGACUCCUUUGCCAGCUCGAAGACAACACACAUUGCAAGCCCCUGGAAGCAUAUCUUCAGUGUGCCUUGAACUCUAUGAGUCUGACGGGAAGAACUCUGCCAAAGAGCAAAGCAAGUUUGCACAGGUUGUACUCCAGGAUUUAGAUAAAAAAGAAAAUGGAUUACGUGAUAUAUUAGCUGUCCUUACUAUGAAAAGGGAUGGAUCUUUACAUGUGACAUGCACAGAUCAAGAAACUGGAAAAUGUGAAGCAAUCUCUAUUGAGGUAGCAUCUUAGUGUUUUAGAGAAAUCAAGAAUUUUUAAAAACAAGAAUAUCAACAUUUGGUUUUGUGUAUAAGUGGUGUUUGUUAAAAUACUUUUUCAAUGAACUGUAUAAACUGUGUUUUAUUAAACUACAAUAUAUCAGUAA